AUGCAACAAACCAUAUUUUCUCCCGAACUCACGGUCGGCUCUGACUUUGCCUGGGUCGGCAGAUUGGGUAGCCCACUGGAACUUUACACAAUCAUUGCGAUCAACCGGCCUCUUAAGAUGAACGGGUCCGAGCAGGCCUUCCCUUCCUCGCCAGACAGCGUUACGGCUUCGAGACGACUCCGAAAUGGUCGUGACAAGGACGUAUACUACAAACCGUUCCCUCCGAAUCACUUUGCGCCCAAAACUGGGCAUCAGACUCUGAACAUUGGUGUUAUCGGAGCCGGGGUAGCUGGACUGACGGCCGCGGUUGCUCUGGUGCAAUCGGGUCACAAUAUCUUUGAACGGUCCAAGUUCGCCAACGAAAUCGGAGCGGCCAUACACAUGUGCCCGAACGCAACAAGAAUUCUGUCUUUCUACGAAUUUGAUUUUCAAGCCGGACUUGCAACUCCGCUUCAACGAGUUUCUUUGCUGGACGCCCACAGCCUUGAGGUCUUGCGACGCGUCGAUAUACCAGACACCAGGGAGCUUUACGGCGCCCCUUGGUAUCUAUUUCACCGCGUCGACUUACACCAACAGCUGAACAAGCUUGCCACCGAGCCACGACUCCAUACCAAAGCCGUUGCCAAGCUCAAUUUGGCAACUGAAGUCGCGGAUAUCGACCUCGACGGCACAAUAACCUUGGUACGUGGUGACCGCGUGAAAAAGGAUCUGAUCAUAGUGGCAGACGGUGUUCGUAGCAGCUUCACAGCCAAGGUGGUAGGCGACGAUGUCCUCUCGCGAGCCACUCCUACCGGGACCGCAGUCUAUCGAUUCUUGAUCCCGACGGCCAGGCUCCUGGAAGACCCACAGACACAACCCUUGUUUCAAAACGAGAGUUUUUGUGGUAGUAUCGCACGGCUGAAACACUCCAGGCUGGUGUGGUAUCCAUGUCGCCAGGGCGCCUUGCAGAAUUUUGGGCUCUUUGUUCCAGACGAGAUUGACGGAUUCGAAAACGAAGUUUGGAAUAUCCCGGCAUCGAGGGAGAAGUUCAUGGAAAGCUGCCGCGGAUUGCACCCAGACUUGCAAGCGGUGUGUUCAAAAGCGGAAGGCCUCAAAUUGUUCCGCCUGUGCACGCGAAAAAUGCCCAUCCCGACGUUGACAAAAGGCAAUGUUGUCCUCAUCGGUGACGCUGCGCAUCCGAUGCUUCCUCACCAGGCUCAAGGAGGUGCGAUGGCCGUGGAAGAUGGAGCUGCUCUAGGCGUGCUAUUCUCCGAUCUAAUGUCUCGAGAUGCGGUGCAGGACCGACUGGACAUGUUCCAACGCUUGCGUCUGGACCGAGUCAGUGCCAUCCAGAUCUUGUCGAGCGUUGGACAGGAUGAGAUCCACAAAGUCAUCGAUUCAGCUAGGCCAUAUGUUGAGGAUCCGAUCCCGACCACUCCAGAUGGCCUGAACGAGUACAACUUCACUCCGAAUGUGAUGCGCGAUGCCCUGGAGCUGUUACACCCUGGCAGCAAGGCGCGCCAGUGA